AUGAUCGCCCGAACGCAUGCCCGCAGACUUCCCACCCUCGUCGCUCGCUCGCUCUCUACAGAGGCUGCACCAUCGUCCGGCACACAUCCCCCGCCUCCGCCCCCGCCCUCUAAGCACCCUUCUUCGAAGCCACUAGCUCGAACUCGUCUGAACCCCGCUCCCCGACCUACUGUGUCUCGUCGGCAUGAGGUGCUCUCCUCGCUACCGCCCUCGUUCGGCCGCAACCAAUUCUUGCCGGUCACCGACUCGACGCGUGCCCUGCUCGAAGGUAUCGUCGCCAAGUUCGACGCUCCUAUCCGGUAUGCCUUCGCGUACGGCUCCGGGGUGUUCGAACAGGAUGGGUACUCGACCAGCAGUCCGUCGUCCACCGGCGGCCCCAUGCUAGACUUCAUGUUCGCCGUCACGCACGCGGAUCACUGGCACUCGAUCAACAUGCACCAGAACCCGUCGCACUACCCGCUCGGCGCUCGUAUGCUGGGCUCGUCGUUUGUCGCGAAAGUGGAGGAGAUCUCGCCUGGAGUGUGGUUCAACUCCAUGGUCCGGAUGGACGGCGUGACGAUCAAGUACGGAGUGACGACAGUGGAUAACCUCUGUUCGGACCUGCUGAACUGGAAAUCGCUCUACCUGUCCGGGCGCAUGCACAAGCCCAUCCGGAUUAUAAAGGACGACGCACGCGUACGACUCACUCAGCAAGUCAACCUCACCUCCGCGGUGCGCACCGCGCUCCUCACGCUCCCCGACGCGUUCUCCGAGCGCGAGCUCUUUGAACGCAUCACCGGCUUCUCAUACGGCGGCGACGUGCGUAUGCUCCUUCCCGCGGAGAACCGUGGCAAGGUCGGGAACAUCGUCCGCAAACAGGCCCCUCAGUUCAAGGAGCUCUACCACCGGCUCGUCGUCGCGCUCCCCGGCGUGCACUGGCCCGCACACGCGGACACGAUCCAGCAGGACACGUCCCCGCACGCGCGUGCGGCGCACCUCCGCAAGCUUCCGUCAAACCUACUGAAGGGCGUAACGGCCCGCUACGCGUCGCAGCCCUCGACGCCCUCACGCGAAGCGGACGAGACCGUGUACUGGACGAAGCUUGCGGGCGACCCCGGGCUGCCGAACAUCAUCGAGAAAGAGCUGCACGGAAUUGUGCGGUACCCGUCGGCCGUGCAGACGCUCAAGGGCCUCGUCAGCGCAGGGCCCGUGAAGAGUCUCCGCUACUCAACCGAGAAGGUCAGCAAGUGGUGGAAGGGCUCGAGCGCGAGCGCGUCGUCAUGAUAGUGCGAGCAGUAGGCGCUCGUGCGGGUCGCGGCGGAAUUCAACUUCAACACGGAUGCAUUGGGGCUGAGUACACUCUAUCGGGAUCGCCUCCCCGCAUAUCUCAUACGGUAUAAUAUUAGCUACACUUAGACCCAUCGGCUGCGGCGCACGGCUUAGUCUGGCAUCUGUAUCAAUAAUAUUGGGACUCACACGCUCCACUUGCUCAUACUUAUAGAUAUUUCAUGAGG